AUGGACUCGUCCAGCAACGCAAAUCCCUACGGAUGGAGUGAUGUAUCUUACUACCUGCCCAUGCGUGAUGGCGUACGUCUUGCAGUCAGUGUCUACUUUCCAGAGCGCACAAUUCCAACAUCACAAGUUCCUACGUUGCUUGUACAGACUCGCUAUGGUCGAGCCACCGCGAGAAGACAAGGAGAUCCACGAUCUAUUGAUCCUUGGCUGCGCGCCGGAUACGCUUCCGUCGUUGUCGAUGUUCGUGGCACGACGGCCUCAUUUGGCCCACGCGCAGCCGAGCUGGGUCCAGAUGAGCAACAAGACGCCGAAGAGAUCAUUGCACACAUUACGGCACAACCUUGGUCGAAUGGAAAGGUCAUCUCAACUGGAGUGUCAUACACUGGAAAUACCGCCGACAUGGCCACUGCCCGCGACGCACCAGGCUUGAUCGCAUCGAUCCCGCGCGCGACAGACUUCGACUUCUGGGAGCUCUUCUGGCCUGGCGGUUGCCCCAACGAUUCAUUGUUUAAGGACUGGUCUACGGGUGUAUACGAAAUUGAUUUUGGUCGACCACACACCAUUAAUGGCCGACCUAUAUACCCUCGACACGCCGGCUUGGACGGCCGUGUGAAUGCACAAGAUUGUUUGAGCUUGUUCCCAACAUUUCAGCCGGUGGAUGAAGAUCCGCAUUGUUUGAUUCUGCAACAAGCGCUUCGCACCCGCGAAGGGUUGGGCAGGCACUGGAGAUUCGAGGAUUACGACAAUGCCUUGUUCCGUGACGACGCUGGCUUGAACGGGCAUAAGAUCUUCGAUAGUUGCACCGCCGCACAUAUACCAGCCGUCCUAAAGCAGAAGAAACCAGUCCAGUUCUGGGCGUCCUGGGUUGAUGCCAAUACUGCUGAUGAAGCCAUCAAUCGUUUUCGUUGCACGCCAGGCGUUCCGACCGAGGUCUUCAUCACUGCCCACGAUCACAGUGGAGGUGUUCGUGCAGACCCUCUGCUGCCUGGGAGGAAUGAUCCGAUGCCUUCGAUUGAAGAGCAGCAUGUCGAACAGUUGCGUUUCGCUGCUGAGGCAAUGCAGAUGGACAUCCCUGAGCGCUAUUUUGCGCGCAUUAUCCACUACUACGUCUUGGGCACUGGCAGAUAUCUGGAUACACUUCAAUGGCCUCCAAUCGGAAUUGAAAAUACCAAAUUUCUGCUCGGACAAGAAGGCUCUCUCGGACGCACCACGGCGCAAGCCGGUAUUGAUACUUUGCGGGUGGAUUAUCAGGCAAGCACCGGGAAAAGGAAUCGAUGGUACCAGUUCUCAACACCUGACUAUGCCGACCGGUCAUUUCAAGACACGAAAAUCUUAACAUACGAUACGUCACCACUGGAAAGAGACACGGAGCUUUGCGGAUGGCCUGUCGUAAAUUUACACAUGCGUACUCAGACUGACGACCCAACCAUAUUCGCUUAUCUCGAGGACGUGGCGCCAGAUGGACGGGUUACCUAUCUGACGGAGGGCAUGCUUAGGGCGAUCCAUCGCAAGGUCUCAGAUACUCAGAAGCUCCCAUACGAUCCAGGCCCGUCGCCGCACAGCUUUGCCCGCGCAGAUGCAGAGCCAGUAGUGCCAGAACAAGAUUUCACCGUCGCCUUCAAGCUUUUCGCGAUCGCAGCCCUGAUCAAGAAGGACCACAGGAUUCGCCUGGCCAUCGCCGGCGCGGAUGCUGAUACCUUCCGGCCGAUUCAUCGAGAACUGGACGAGCGUUUUGACAUCCAUUACGGCGGUCCAAAUCCGAGCACAUUCGAAGUUCCAUUGCGGGCUUGGCAGUUUUAG